CAAUUGGACACACGUACCAGCUAUGGUAUACUUCUCAUGGUCAGUUCCAGACUGUUCAGUUUUAUGUCCAUGGUCUUACAUCAAUGAUGGCUCCUGUGAUGUUGCAUGUAACACUUCAGACUGCUUUUAUGACGGUGGCGACUGCGAUCUCGGAAAUGGAGAUGCCGGAAGUAAUGGUGGCGUGGAAAUGUAUGAUGAGAACAACCAGAGCAUGGAUGCUUUCAAUGAUGAAGGAUUUGACAGUCAGCUCAAUUUUGAAGACAAUAAUGACAAUCCAUUCAAGCACAUAAACUUUUUUGAUGACAUGGAUAGGAAAGAAGGAAGUCGCCAGGAGGAUUCAGUAGCUCAACUUUUUAACACCUCAGAAAGAGAAACACUUACAGAAAAUACUCUCAGUGCAAUUAACAGUGUUGAAGAAAAUAAUGAAUAUACUGAACCUGUAGCAUCAUCAUCUACAGCUCCUCAUGUUUCUGUAAGUCGCCAAACUAACUAUAAAUUCCAUUAUAACUAUGACAGAACAUUGUCACAUGAUUCAGUCACCAAAUUUCCUGUUGGUUCUAAUGAAACUGUAGGACCGCUGACACCAGAUAACAGUGUGUCACUUGGUACUGGUCGAUUCUCAAGUGUUCCUGAUGUAAACAAAGAGGUUGAUGUUAAUGACUAUAACAGCACUAGAACAUUUGCUACCAAGUAUGUGGGCAAAUUUGUCAGUUCUAUCAAUAGGAAGCCAAACUCCAUUGAUGAUAACUUUCAACUUGCAGAUGAAACCAGACAUGUGAAAAACGCGGACGGAAGUUCUCACAAAACCAGACGCCAGUCAUCUUUGAGGAAAAUCGUGAAAGAUAUGAUCAAACAAAACAGGAAAAAUUAUGGAAAAUACCACAGAUGGGACAGAACUAAUGUUGAAAAAAUUAUUCCUAAUGCUUCUAAACCAAGAAAGGCAUUUCUGGAGCGUGUUAAUGGCAUGAGUGUCACAGAAUUUCCUCACGAGAAACAGAAUUACAACCAAUUACGUGUUUAUCGAACACCUUACGGAAUAUCUCGAAAGGUGCUUAGAGACUCGUUUGCUGGGUCAUUGCUCUACGUAAAUCGCCUUUAUAGCAAGGAAUUUGGUUUUGAGGUGCGAAAAGUUCCUGCACAUAUGCCUCACCUCAUAGAUAAAAAGAUAAUGGAAGAUUUGCAGAGAAGAUUUCAGGACGAAUGGCUCUUGACCUCUUCGCAUAAGAUACGUAGAGCAAAUGAUAUGCAGUAUGCUUUCUCUUACUUUUAUUUUCUUAUGAGUGAAAAGAAGUCGCGAUCUGCUUCAGAGAUAUUUGACAUAUUUGACACUGAUCAGUCAGGAACAUUGUCUGACAGAGAAAUUAGGACACUUCUGGCGAGACUUUAUGAAUUGCCCAUUGGCUUUCACCGUGUUACAGCCUUUACCAACAAAGUAAUAAAUUGUUCUAGAACAGUGCCACAUGUAGUAUAUGAGAGAGAAGCAUUCACACCGAUGUAUGAGAGGUACCAGGACUCCAGGCUUCCUAUUGUGAGCAGACCACUUGUGGUGAAUUGUGGGCCAUUGGCGAAGUUGUUAACAUCCAAGUUUGGCUCAGUAAAAAGGUAUAAAUAUGAAAUAGUGAAAGAUAAACAUCAAGAUGUGACUUUCAAAAUGAUUAAUUCAAACAUAACCCACGUGGUCUCUGUUCUAGAUGAAAUACGGAAGGAACCAAAGAAAUUCAUAUGUCUGAAUGACAAUCUGGACCCUGCCGUUGAGAAAGUCAAUGAUGUGAUUCGUGCAGUUCUGCAGGACUUUUAUGAAGCACUGUUUCCUGCUCCAUCAUCUUUUGAACUGCCACCAGAAUACCGAAAUCGGUUUCUGCAUGUAUCAGAACUGGAGGCUUGGAGAGCGAGCCGAAAUAUUGCACGCGUGUUUGUAUAUUUAUGCCUAGCUUUACUUCUCAGCUUUUCACUUGUCAGUUUCCUUCUGAUUGAGCGCCAGGUUCGAUGCCGUCGUAAAGCGUCAAAUGGCAAUCUGGCAAGACAAUAUGCAGAUGUGGGCGUGUAAUGUGUAAAGAAUGCUACAGGUUCUGAACCACAAUCUAGUCACAAUGUAAAUAAUAUUUCCUUACAUUCCAGUUUUUGAUGGAUAUAUUUGUAAUUUGUUUAUUAAUAAUUUUUGUCUUAAAUAAUACUUUUUGUAAUAUGAAUAGGCAAUGAAUGUAAGAUGUGUGUGUAUAUAUAUGGCAUCAGACUGUUUGUUUGUAAUAGUGUGAAUAAGGAAGAGCUGUACAGUUCAUAUAAAACAUCACACCAUUUUGUGUGUACAGCAAAUACACCAGUGGUGUUAGAAAUGUAA